UCUCUCUGCAGGACGUCUGCUAGGUCCCUCGCCUCGAUCAUGGUCAAGCAGGCGUUCUGCCGUCUUUUGACGUUGCCGUUGACGUUCGGCGGGCAGAUGAACAGGUCCGGAGGAACUUCGAGAAGCACGUCUUCUCGCCCUCCUUCGUUCACCUUCAGAGAGCUCCUCGUCGUCCAAAUCCAUAGGUCUGACAUCAGGAUCACUCGUCAGCUCCCUAUCGCUCUCAGGAUUAGGCGACCUUCUGCGUCUGCGAAGCUCUGGCAUAGGUCGGCUGUGUACGGUUUUAACUGAGGAGCUUUCCGAGGUCGAAGUUGUCUGACUGGUUGAGGGCUUCCAGUCUGUAGUUCAGGGGAUUGUUCAUGAGGCGGCUUGGGAGGGGCCGUUGAGCGGGGGUUGGAAGGGCCGGCUUCAGGUUGAGGAGAGGAAGAUCGAUUUAGUGACGAGGAAGACGAUGAAGGACGUCCUUGCACAGGAGAUACAGCGGGAGUUAGAGGAGAUGAUGCGACAACAAUAUGACCUGAUGAGUGCAUGGGUGACAGUUCUGGUGUGGAGAAACGGUGGGGCAGAGGGCUCAUCUGUUGCGUGAACAGAGCUAAAGGAUCGGGAGAAGACGACGGAGAAAGGAUAUUCAUUUGUCGCUCAGGAGUCUUGGGCAUAGGACUACGUGGAAACAAUGGUACAGAGGCUUCCUGGUCAUAGU